AUGAGCAAGAAACUCAUAACAAGGAACAGACCUGUUAAAGCCUGCGUAAAAUGUUUCAACGGCAAACGUAAGUGCAAUAAAGAAAAACCUGCUUGUACACGCUGCACUAGGCUUGGACUUAAGUGCGUUUAUUUGGCAAAGCUCAAAACUGAAGGCAGGGGCUCUUUUUCGACUGACUCCAGCGAACUUAAAGACUCUACGUUACAUUUUCUCGAAGAAAACAGGAAAAACGGAGAAAACGAAAGUUUUAGAAUUGUCACAAACCGUAGUGGUGAAUUAGCGAUAUUUGUUCCUAAAAACCUUUUUCCGUUUUAUGAUCCGUCUUCGGUCGUGACUUAUUUGCUGAAAGCAAAAACAGAUGACAACAAGGAAAUGUUUACUUUUAACUUUUCAGAGCUUGUCACCAAUCGAAUGUGCGUUGGAGAGUUAAGGUCAAAACUGCCGAAGGAAGCUUUAGGAAAUUUUCUUAUUUCACAUUUCUUAAAUUCGAUAUUUCCUCUUGUUCCAAUAAUUGAUCAAGAGGACUUCAUACUAAAAUGGAAGCUGUUUUUGAAGAGCCCUUCAUCUUUCGAAGAUUUGAAUGCAAUGAUAACACUCUUCGCUGUUUUCUUUUCAAGCUCUUUUUCACUACACCUUAAUCAGCUUUAUCAACGUAGGUGUAGCGUAACACCUACUAGCAAUUUGAAAUUUAUGAAAUUGGCGUUUGAGUAUUUUGAAUGCGUUGAAAAUAUAAAAUGCCUCCUCAUGACAAAUUACAACCCCUCCAUCCCAGCAAUUUCUUCGCUUGCUCUGAUGUACUAUGUGUCAUCGACAAAUUGUAACGAUCUUGCUGUACAAGUAUCGUCUCUGCUCCGUUAUAGUCACAUGGCAGGGUUACAUAAAAAAGCAACACGACUCUCAGGAACCCCUUUGAAGGAAGUCGUCUACGCUUUUGUUGUUUUCCUUGACUCCCUUGUUUCAUUUUAUACGGGACUUCCUUCUCAAGUUGAUCAGACCCUAAAUGAACUCUAUGACGGCAUGGAAGAACUUCCUAGCAAUCCUUUUACACUCGCUGCUGUUGCGCGCUUCCGUGCAGCCCGCCUAUGCGCAGAUAUUACGACUCAACUGAGCAAUGGGGAGCUCUUAAGUCAAGAUGAUUUAAAGAGGAAAAUAAGAGCAUUUAAAAAAGUUGAGCGAGAUAUACAUUUGAUCGAUGAAAGGAUUUUAAAAUUGCGCACCUCUUGUCCAUCUGACUUGACCUGGUCUUUUAAUGAGAGUUGGCUUUUUGUUAGAAGAGCGGGGCGCUUGCUCGCCUAUUUCAGCUCAAACGCUCAAUGCAAAUGGAAAAAAAGGAAGUCUGAAGUCAACCUUAACAAUGGGGAUUUGAUUUUGCAAUCAUUACUUUUGAUUAAUGAGUCAUUUUUAAAGAUUUCAUGCGCUCUUGAGCAAGGCACAGAGUCCGUUUGGUUUCUGAGAAAUACUUACCCUUUUGAGCCAAUAAUUAUAGUAUUGUCUCAUUUAAAGAGAUACCCAAAUGCAUGCGUGAAUUUUAUGGAUUUGGAAGAAGAAGUAUACUACACCAGAUGCGCAACAAUCGAUUAUUUUUCUGGAGACUUGCGUGUUGAAUUGGUCGAAAACUGUUGUCAGGCUCUAUCCGAGAUUGGAUGCCUUUGGCCGUUGAAGACACAAAAUCUAUUCAAGGAGAUAUUAGCACUAAAGUCAAAAGUAAUAAAAAAGGAAACAGGACAAAAAACUUAG